AGUAAUGAUGGUAUUUACAAUCCAGACUGGGAGGACAGUGGUAUCUUCAAAGCCAGGCAGUGCAGUCAGACCAAUGCUUGCUGGUGUGUGAACACUGCUUGAGUGAGAAGAACUGAAAAGGGUGACAGAAACCUCAGUGGUGGUGAACUGAUGAGAACAAACUGGAUCUACAUGGAGCUGAAGCACAAAAGGUCCAGUGCCUUCGAUGGUCCCGAUGUAGUGAAUGCCUUGAAACAUCUGUUUGAGAGCUGACGCAAACUGCACCCCAAGGACAUCACAGCCAGUAAGUAUGUGUUCCCAAUUAUCCCAAUCCACCUGACCCAGCAUGAGAAACCCAGGUGUGUUGUGGAUAUAGCUGAUGUAGCCUAUUACUUGGAAAAAGUUAUAAAAGAUGACUCCAUAUUUCAUUCUAUCAGUGCAUGAACUGCCUGUGUCAACAGAGAUGCUCUGGAUGUUGAAAAUCUACAAAUUUACUACGUUGGUGAAAAGCCACUGCACUUUUGUAUACAGGAGCUGGGAGCUGGCUUUGGUGGUGUGGGGACAGUGGUGAUGCUGACUGCUGGCAUGGGCAUUGCUGUGCUGGCUCUUCUGAGGUGGCUGAGGACAAGAAAAUAUGAGAAAGGUGAGAUUAAAGAAAUGGCUGAAACAGGAGCAUUGAGCUUGCAGCUCUGGAAAAGGAAAG